UAUAUAUUUAAAUCCACAAGUGACACAUUUUCUUGUGCAAUAAAAUAGAAGCACUAAACUAAUUAAUAAGAGGAGCAUUUCUCUCUUUGAAACGAAAAGAAAAAGGAAAGCAAUGAAGCGUUGUUAAUGGAGGACAGAAAAGUCAACACAAUAGCCAUGGUAUCAGUGGUAACACUGAUCAUAGUGAUCAUGGUUGCUCGCAUCGCGUUGAAGCUCUCAAAGGCCUUCUUCCUCAUAUGCGGUGCUGACGUGGCCGUGAUCGUGGCCGUCGUCUCCUUCGUCCUAAUCAGAAACCGUUACAACAAACGGAGGAAGCAGUUAGAGUCACGGUUCAAGUCAGAAGGGAGAGAGCUCCGAAUAGAGUACAGCUUCUUGCGCAAAGUGGCGGGGGUCCCAACUAAAUUCCGUUACACGGAGCUCGAGGAAGCAACCGACGGUUUUCAAGCACUUCUUGGAAAAGGCUCCUCCGCAACGGUCUUCAAAGGGAUCCUCAGCGACGGAACUUCGGUUGCCGUGAAGCGAAUCGACGACGGAGCCGAAAGAGGCGAAAGAGAGUUCAGAUCAGAGGUUGCAGCCAUUGCUAGCGUUCAACACGUCAACCUCGUGCGUUUGUAUGGUUACUGCAAUGCUCCUUCUUCACCAAGGUACCUUGUUUAUGAGUACAUAUCAAACGGUUCGUUAGAUUCUUGGAUUUUUCCGAAAAAGGAAAGUGACAAUAGUAGAAGAAGAGUUGGAGGGUGUUUGCCUUGGAGCUUAAGGUACAAAGUGGCAAUCGAUGUGGCGAAAGGACUUAGCUACCUCCACCAUGAUUGCAGGGCAAGGAUUCUUCACCUUGAUGUGAAGCCAGAGAAUAUACUCUUAGAUGAGGGUUACAGAGCAGUUGUGGCGGAUUUCGGGCUUUCGAAGCUGGUUGGAAAGGAUGUUAGUCAAGUUAUGACAACACUGAGAGGAACAAGAGGGUAUUUAGCGCCUGAGUGGCUUUUGGAAAGAGGGGUUUCGGAGAAGACUGAUAUCUAUAGCUAUGGGAUGGUUUUGUUGGAGAUGAUUGGAGGGAGAAGGAACGUUUGUAAGGUGGAAGAUCCAAAGGACAAGAGUAAGAAGAAGUUGCAGUUUUUUCCAAAGAUUGUGAAUGAGAAAGUGAGGGAAGGGAAGUUGAUGGAGAUUGUGGAUGAGAGAUUAUUGGUGGUGGGGGCUGGUGGUGUUGAGGAGAGUGAGGUGGUUAGGUUGGUGAAUGUUGCAUUGUGGUGCAUACAAGAGAGGCCACGAAUGAGGCCUAGUAUGGCACAAGUUGCUGAUAUGCUUGAAGGGCGUGUCACAGUUGAGGAGCCACCAGAUAGUAGAAUGGUGCUUGUUGAUUUCUUAUCUCAAGAUGAAGACAACCCUGCAAUUCUGGAUCACAAUCAGAAUAACAUGGCAAGGUUAUUGACAUCUAUGUCUACUCAUGAAGAUUGUUCAUCAACCUACUCAAUGGGAACUACCACUAUUCUAUCUGGUAGAUAGUAGAAAGGCUUUAGGUAAACUUGUAUAGAAUUCCACUUCCCCAUAAUCUUAUAAAUCUUUUAAACUACAACCUUUUCUAGUCCAAACAUAGUUUAAACU